AUGUCAAACAAAUAUGAAGAGUUAAGUAAAGAAUUUCAAUUUAUUGAUGAAUUUGAUUUACCUUUAGCAAAGGAUAUUAAUGUUAAAAGAUUUGUUCAUAAAAAGAGUGGUUUGACAUUGAUUUUAAAUUAUUGUCCGGGUCCAAAAUGUAAUGCAUCUAUUGUUGUACCAACUGAAUCAAUUAAUGAUAAAGGUUUACCACAUACAUUAGAACAUUUAAUAUUUACAGGUUGUAAUGAUAUACCAUAUAGGGAAUUUUUAGAGGUAUUAAGUAAUCGUUGUUUAUCAGCACCUUGCAAUGCUUAUACCGCAGAAGAUCAUACAUGUUAUUCAAUUGAUUCGAUUGGUCCUGAAGCUAUAUUAACAUAUUUACCAAUUUAUUUAAAAUAUGUUUUAACUCCAACUUUAAAAGAAAAUGAUUUCAUUACAGAAAUUUAUCAUAUUGAUUCAAAUGGUAAAGAUCAGGGUGUUGUUUUAUGUGAAAUGCAAGCAAGAGAGAAUACAGCAGAUGAUUUAUUGGAGAUUAAUAUGUGUAGAAAUAUGUUUGAAGGUAGUGGUUACCAAUAUUCAUAUGGUGGUAAAACAUCAGAGAUUGCAACAUUGAAUAAUGAAAUGGUUAGAGAUUAUCAUGGUAAAUUCUAUGAUCCAAAGUUUAUGACAUUGGUAAUUCAAGGUUGUAUAGAUAUUGAAAGUUUAUUUAAAGUAUUAGAUAAAGUUGAUUUUGUAAAAAGUCCAUUUCACAAGGAGGAAGAAGAUGAUGUUGAUUUCGUACCAUGGAAAAAUGAAAUACCACCGUUAUUAAAAUCAAAAUCAUCAUUUGUACCAUACCCAUCAGAAUCUGAAACUGGUAGUGUAUCAAUUGGUUGGAGAGGUCCACCAAUUAAUGAUAUCUUUAAAAUAACUGCAUUAACAGUUUUACUAAGAUAUCUUCAAGACAAUGCUUCUUCACCCUUACAACAAAGAUUUGUAAAUAAAACUGUACCAAUUGCAAAUAGUGUCUAUUGUAUAGUUCAUGAAGUUAAAGAUACAAAAGUUGUUAUUGAAUUCUCUGGUGUACCUAUUAAAUAUAAUAAAGAUAAACAACAAGAAGAAGAAAAAGAAGUAAAACAAGAGGAACAACAAAAUGGUAAAUCUAAUGAAAAAGUAGAAGAAGAUAAAGAAAAUGAAGAAGAGGGAGAAGAAGAAGAAGAAGAAGAAGAAGAAUCAAAAGGAUCAGAAGAAGGAUCAGAAGAAGGAUCAGAAGAAGGAUCAGAAGAGGAUGAUGAUUUGGAAGAAGAAAAAGAAAAAGAAAAAAAUUGUGAAGAUGAAGAUGAUAUUGAUGAAGGUGAUAAUAAUUUAUUUAAUGAAAGAUCAAUUUAUGAUAGAUUAAUUAAAGUAUUGAAGGAUUUAAAAACUAAUGGAUUUCCAGAAGAGGAUUCAAUUAAAAAAGUUAUAGAAAAAGAGAUGAUUAAAAUGUUGGAAGUUUUAGAAGAGGAUCCAUUAUCUUUAGUAUUUGGUAGUUUAUUAUGUUGUAUAGUAUUCCCAUCAUCAUCAAAAACAAUAAAACCAAAUGGUGAUGUUGAAUAUAGCGAUAUUAAAUCCAGAUUUUUCUUAAAACCAGUUUUUGAAGAACUUUUGGAAAAACCAUCACAAUUUUGGUUCGAUCUUUUAGAUGAAUUUUUCAUUGAUAAACCAUAUGUUGAAAUUCUAUUGAAACCAGAUUCAAAGUUAUCUGAAACAAUUGCAAAUGAAACCACUCAACGUAUGAAAGAUACAAUUGAAAAGAAUGGUGGUGAAGAAGGUAUGAAAAUAAUUGGUGAGAAAUUAAAAUGUGCAAUUGAUUCUAGUAAAUCUUUUCCACAGGAAUUAUUAACUGAAACAAUGUCAAAAAUUGAAUCUUUUGAUAUCAAUAAAAUACCAUUAAUUAAAAUUGAUACAAUUUUAAAUCGUGCAUACACUCAAAAUAAUCCAAAUCCAUUCACAGUUCAAACACUUUUAGUACCAUCCCAUUUCAUUCAUUCAACAAUUAUAUUUCAUGUUCAACAAAGUUUACCAGAUCAUUUACGUCCUUGGUUAACAUUAUUUCAAAUUAUUUUAUUUGAAACUGAUUUAUUAGUUGAUUCAGAUCAAGUUGUUGUUGCUGAUAAUGAUGAGAGAAAUAAAUCAACAACAACAACAAAAAAAGAAAAAUCAAAAUUAUUAAUUCCAUAUAAAAAAGUUUGUAAAUCAAUGGCUGAACAAGUAUUAAGUUUUGAAGCUGUACUUGGAUUUUCAAAUAGUACAUUUACAUGUUCAUCAUCAGAGUUAUUUAGAAUUACAGCAUCUUGUCAAGUUGAGAAAUUUGAUCAUUUAAUUUAUUGGAUUUUCAAUGGUUUAUUUAAUUUCUCUUUAAAUCUUAAAAGAUUAUCAACAUUGUUAACCAAUAUCUAUUCAUCACUUCAAGAUGUUGAAAAUGAUUCAACAACAAUGUGUGGUUUAUAUUCUCUUAAUAAAUUAUUCCCAAAUCCAAAGAUUUCAAAUGAAGCCAAUAUUUCAAUCUUUAAACAAAAAGAAUUCCUUAAAUCAAUAAUAUCAAUUAUAAAAAGUAAAAAUCAAAUUGAAAUAGAUUACAUUUUCAAUAUGAUAACUCAAGUACGUGAUUGUAUUAUCUCAAAUCCAGAGGCAAUGUUUAUUCAAAUUUCACAUUCACCUUUAGUUUCAAAUCAAUCUUUCACUCAACGUUUUAUUGAUAAAUGGAAUGAAUAUUUAGAAAAUUCAAAUAUUAAAUUAAAUAAAAAAAGAAAACCACAACAAGAUCAACAACAUGAUCAACAACAACAACAACAACACCAACACCAUAAUAAUAAUCAUAAUAAUGAAAUAGAAAAUCAACAACAAAAUAUACCAUUUUUUCAACCAUUAGAACGUUUAAAAACAAAAAUUCCAACACCAUUCUCUGAACAAUUAAUUAUUAAAGGAUCAGAGUCAAAUAGUCUUUUACAAUAUGUUACAUUACCAAUUAGUUCAACUCAUGAAGAUUAUCCAGCAGUUUCAUUAUUGUGUAAUAUUUUCAAUGGUAAAGAGGGUGAAAUUCGUAAAAAAGGUUAUUCAUAUGGUCAUAGUUUACUAACUGAUACUACUAAAGGCACAUUGAUAUUUGGUCUAACUGAAUCAUCUUCCCCAAUUAAAGCAUUGGCUGAAUUUCAUAAAUGGUUAAAAAAUGUUAGAGAUAGACCAACGGAAAUCAUUACUCAACAAUCAAUUGAAACCGCAAUUUGUAGUGAAAUCUAUGAUUUCUAUUCAACUCGUUCUGCACCUCAAGAAUUAGUCAUUGAAUCUUAUAUCAAUAUCUUUAAGGGCCAUAAUGAUUUUCAACAAUCAAUUGAUUUUUUAAAUCGUUUUAAAGUGGUCACCUAUGAUCAAAUCAUUAAUGUCUUUAAUAAAUAUUUCAUUCAAUUUUUAGAUCCAAAUCAUUUAUUCCUAAGUCUCACUGUUAAUCCUUCUUCUGCAAAACCUUUAGAAACUGAAUUAAAGGAAACCUUUGACAUUUCAAUUACCUCAAAAUAUCCUUCCCAGUUAUAUAUUCCUUUCAACUAUGAAGAAUAUAAAUUAUCUUGUAAAAAAUAA